CUUCUUUUCCAAGCGCUGGGUCUGAAUAAUAUUGACUUCAAGUUUGGCGUGUCGCGAGUCUUCUUCCGGCCUGGCAAGUUUGCGGAGUUCGACCAGAUGCUACGUUCUGAUCCUCAGCAUCUGGCCAGCUUGGUCGCCAAAGUAGCCAAAUGGCUAAUUAGGUACCGAUGGCACUUAGCCCAGUACUGCGCCUGGGAGGUGAUUAAGUUAAGGAAAAAGAUUGAGUAUCGUCGGGCCAAAGUAAUCCUGCUACAGAGGUAUAUUCGUGGCUGGCUAUGUCGGAGGCGCCUGGGUCUUACAAUCAAGGCUAUGCUCGAGAUAACACGCAUGCGCCGACAACUUGAAUCCUGCCUCAUAGCCUACCAGAAAAUGCCCAAGUACCGUCAGGAGGGCGAUAAUGAAGUACGAGUCUACUCGGCUGUUCUGUCCCAUAACACUUAUCGCCUCGUAAUAGUAUACGACGAGUAUUGUUUUUAA